AUGGCCACCACAAACAAUAUCAACUUAAACAUAAGCAGUGCAAACAUUGGUGUUGGAGGCAUCAACAGUGGCGGAGGCCAGAUGCAACCAGGGAGAUUGCCACUUCACCAAUCAUCUCCAUGUCUAUUCAACAAUAUAACUCAACCCACCAACAUUGGCGGUGGUAGUGGCAGUGGAAGUGGCAGUGGCAGUGGAGCAAAUACAACAACAUCAACAUCAAAUAUAGCCAGCAGCAACAACAAUAUUGGAAACGUUGGAAACACAUCCAGCUAUUUAUCAAAAACCACAUCGAUUGGACUGCCGCCACCUCCUCCUGGACGAUCAACCUCACCAACUAAAUUCUUAAACAACACUGCUGCCGUUGGUACUGCCAGCGCACCAUCUACAACGACAUCCCUAAGGACAAGUUCAAACAAUAUUCCAACACCUUCAGCACCACCGGCAACAACAGUCAUCAGCUCCAACAGCACAAACACAAACACAAACACAACAAACAACGAAGAAGUAGCCAACAACAAUGGCGUGCUUGGCAGAUGCACUACAGCAAUCAAGAGCAAGUUGACAAGCCCGCCAGUAACUAUUGCAUAUACAUUCAGUCUCAACAUUCAAUAUCUUUUGUUAUCAUUUGCCAUCGUCACAUCAAUCUAUAUUCUCUCGAAUCUAUUCCAUGGCUGGAUACCUUGGUGUGUUCUGGCACUCAUUGUAAAUUAUAUAUUCCUCUGCACCGAUGGACGAUUCCAUCUUACCGCCAAUCAUCGUUUGCCCGCCACAGCAGACGGAUCAAGGGCACAAGUUGCGCCCAAGAUCAAAGAAAAGAUCAACUUCUAUCAGGGAGCAAUCGACAAUCCUCCACUGCCCAAGCUACAUAAGCGUUCAUCCUCAGCCGGUACAUCAGCCGCGCCAGUGACCGCACCAACACCCUCAAUAGCCAAAGAACUUGCAAGUUUGUCCAGUACAACGAGCGACGAUUCAAUCACCAACACCUACCGCACACGACAAUAUGACACGUAUCGCCGUUCACUCCCACCCGAAUACUACAAUCAGUACCUGCACUAUCUUAACUCAAAGGGACCAACCACCGCCCGUGAUGAACACACUGUCGAGGACCUAGGAAGCUCGAGCGCGGCCAGAACAGAUCAUCAGACUGGACAGGACGACCAAUCACAUUCUUGUCACUCAUCAGAGACAUCAGACACAGAGGAGCAUCCCGCCAACCCCGACCAGACCGCCGUGAAUGUCGAACUAUCCGAGCUGGCCAACAUCUCCAAGGUUAAGAGCAACAUCUCCCACUUUACCAAGUUGUCAACCAACCUGGAAGAAAAGCUGGACUGGGUCCAGUCACCAUUCAAUCUCACACCAGCACGAGCUUCUCACUCAAUCGCUGUUUAUGGUCAAUCGAUUGUAACUGUUGGUGGAGAGGGUGUGACGGACAUCUCUAACAUUGUACAGUUCAUUGAUAUUGAGAAUGGAGUGGCGACAACUCCCAAGGUCACAGGUGGCAAGAUUGGCCCAGACUCUAUACACAUGCACGACUUUUGUAGGAUCGGAAACAAGUUCUACAUUUUCGGUGGCAUUGUCAAUGGAGCGCUAUCAAACAAAGUGUACAUGUUCUCUGUGAUCGAUGACAGUACCAUUCAUUGGUCGCAACCCAGAGUCAACAGCUACCUCCCCGCAGCAAGAUACGGCCACACUCUAACCAGAUAUGGCAACAAGUUCAUUCUGUUUGGCGGCUUCAAUGGCGAGACAUGUUUGAAUGAUCUCCACCUCCUUGACCCUGAGACAAUGACCUGGUCACAGCUGGUUGCCAGCGGACUGCCACCAACCGAGCGAUAUGGACACUCAACGACAGUGCUCGGUGAGAAGAUGAUAGUGUUUGGUGGCACCAACAACUCAAGGGAUCUGAAUGAUGUCAACAUACUCCAGCUGGACACCAACUCAUGGUCUGCGCCACCCAACUUCCAUGGUCAAGAGGUACCACCAGAGCGAUCAUUCCAUGCUGCCGCUAGAGUUGGACGCAACUUAAUCGUGGUUGGAGGUAGAAAGGAAGGUGUUACACAGCGCGACGUCUGGUCUCUAUCGUACAAGCUACAAUGGACCCGAGUCACUGGCCAACAAAUCACACCUCGAUCCAACCAUGGACUUGUCAAGAACGAGAGCAAGUUGUUCAUUGUUGGAGGCAAGAAUCAGAAUGGAGGACUACUUGAUGAUGUCUGGUUUGUCAACACGACCAACCUACCAAUAACAGCCAGUGUAUCAAUCAUUAGUUACUCAGACAUCAAGAUUGAGAAGGAGAUUGGCAAGGGACAUUUCUCAAAGGUACUGAGAGGCAUUUGGAAACAGAAGGAGGUGGCAGUGAAGAAGCUCAACUUGGUGAAGGACAAGGGAAAGGAGGAGAUGAUGACAGAGUUCAAGGCCGAGGUUGAACUGUUAGGUACACUCCAACAUCCAAAUCUGGUUGCAUGCUAUGGAUACUGUUUGAAUCCAAUGUGUAUCGUCAUGGAGUAUCUUCCAACUGGCAACCUCUAUGACCUCAUCCAUUCACGUGACAAGCAGUUGGACUCUGCACUUAUACUUCAAUUUGCCUUUGAGAUUGCCAGAGGAAUGCAAUUCCUUCAUUCAAGGAACAUCAUUCAUAGAGACUUAAAGUCAAGUAACCUACUACUGGACAAGCAUUUCAAUAUCAAGAUAGCAGACCUGGGCAUUGCCAGGGAGACGACAUUCACUCAGACGAUGACGACCAUUGGUACAGUGGCAUGGACAGCACCAGAGAUCCUAAGACACGAGAGCUACAACAACAAGGCCGACGUCUAUUCAUAUGCGUUGGUGCUUUGGGAGUUGCUGUCUGGCGAGGAGCCCUACGCCGGCAUACCCGCAAUGAAUGCUGGCAUCCUUGUGGCAAGCAAGGGUCUGCGGCCUGAUAUACCAGAGAAGUGCGAUCCCAAUUGGAAGAAGUUGGUCGUAUGGUGUUGGGCAGAGGAUCCAAACAAGCGACCAUCUUUCGAGGAGAUCACCACCUAUCUCACCAAGACAUUCUAG